GCCUAUGAGCAGAAGAACCCCACUGCCAUCCAGCAGGACCAACACUGAUGAUAAUCGUUUCCCCACUCCGAAAAUGGGAAGCGUAAACAACAAAGCCCGACCAUUCAGCGCGCAGCACCACCAGCAGCCUCUCUGCACCCGCACUCAUCAGAUCGGAGCCCUCCUCUUGGUCGCCGCCACCUUCUUCUUCACCAGUCUCUUAAACCGCUCCUUCCGCCCCUGCGCCUCUCACUUCCCCGCCGUAGAUCUCCUCCCCAAUUCACUGGAGCUCCGUCCAUGUCACCGCGGCCGAGAUCUCUUGUGGCCCCAACGAGGGUACGGCCCCCAACUCGACCUCAAGAUCUACGUCUACGAUGACCGCGAGAUCGACGGCCUCAAGGCAUUGAUGCGCGGUCGCGAUGGUGUCAUCGACCCCAAGGCUUGCUUGAAAGGCCAGUGGGGCACUCAAGUUAAAAUACACAGGCUACUGCUAAAUUCGAGAUUCCGGACAAGGAAGAAAGAUGAAGCAGACCUUAUUUUUUGUGCCCAGUAUACUAAAUGCAUUCGGAUGAUGGGGGGUCUUAAUGAUAAGGAGAUUAACCAGACAUAUGUGAAGGUGUUAAGUCAAAUGCCAUAUUUCAGGCGAUCUGGUGGCCGUGACCACAUAUUUGUAUUUCCAAGUGGUGCUGGAGCUCACUUAUUUAGAUCUUGGGCAACAUUUAUAAAUCGUUCCAUUAUUCUAACCCCUGAGGGUGAUCGGACUGAUAAGAAAGAUACAAGUGCCUUUAAUACGUGGAAAGAUAUCAUAAUUCCUGGAAAUGUUGAGGAUGGAAUGACUACAAAUGGGCCCACCUUGGUCCACCCCUUGCCUAUAUCAAAGCGGAAGUAUCUAGCAAACUAUUUAGGCCGUGCGCAAGGAAAGGCUGGCCGUCUUAAGUUGAUAGAGCUUUCAAAGAAAUUUCCAGAUAAGUUGGAAUGUCCGGAGUUGAAGUUCAGUGGCCCUGAAAAAUUGGGAAGGAUAGAUUACUUUGAACACCUGCGCAAUGCCAAGUUCUGUCUUGCCCCACGCGGGGAGUCAUCAUGGACUCUUCGAUUUUACGAGGCUUUUUUUGUGGAGUGUGUCCCUGUGAUAUUAUCAGAUCAAGUGGAACUGCCCUUCCAAAAUGUUGUAGACUACACCCAGAUAUCAAUUAAAUGGCCAUCUACUUUAAUAGGUCCCGAGCUUUUGCAGUACCUAGAGUCACUACCAGAUAAAAAUAUAGAGGGGAUGAUAAGCCGGGGAAGACAAGUACGAUGUUUAUGGGCGUAUGCUUCAGAAUCAGCUUCGUGUUCGGCAAUGCAUGGGAUUCUUUGGGAGCUUCAGAGGAAAGUGAGGCUGUUUCACCAGUCGACGGAAACAUUCUGGUUGCACAAUGGAUCUGUUGUAAAUAGAAACUUGGUAGAAUUUUCUGAUUGGAGACCGCCGAUGCCUUUGCCUUGACUAUGGCAUGGAAUCAUCUGUACAACUUCUUUCUAUAGUUUCUCUGUCGUUCUAAAAUUCAAAUCAUUUUUUUCAUAUCUAAAUUUAUUGUAUUUUGUGUAUUGAUAGUUAAAAGUGUUUAUACUUUUCAAUUUCCCUCCUUGUAUAAAAAAAAAUGUAAUCGCCAAUGGGCUUUAUUUAUUGCAGAUGAUAUUUUACUGCA